CAUUCAUUUAUUCAAAGCUUUUCAAAGGGCUAAUUGAGAUCUUAAUUUUUAUUCGAAUCUUAAAACUUUGAAGGGCCGAGCGAGAAUUUGCCGGCAAACUAAAAACAGCUUAUAAAUAGAAGUAAGUGAGAUCUGGAUCGCAGACUUAACCCAACAUGGAGUCUGUUUCUGGUGGCGUGGCGUACGGUCUCAAGUAUCAGGCAAGGUGCAUUGCCAAUGUCACUGUGGAUUCGCACAACACAACUUUCUUAUUAGGGACUCUCUCUCCUCGCGAUGACAACGAGGUCCAUUUAAUCCAGAUUUCACCAUUUGGUACAGAACUCACAUGUGAAGGACUAUAUUCACAUCCACACGAGAUCUGGGAUCUUGCUUCUUGCCCGUUUGAUCGUCAUGUUUUUUCAACAGUUUAUGCAUCAGGUGGUAAUUAUGGGGCUGCUUUGUGGAGAAUGCCUGAAGUUUCUAUGCAGCAUAAUGCUCCUCAGAUAGAACAGAUUGCCUCCCUUGAUGCACAUACCCAUAAGAUACAGUGUACACUAUGGUGGCCGUCAGGUAGGCACGAUCAGCUGGUGAGCAUUGAUCAAGAGACCUUUUAUUUGUGGAGCUUAGAUUCCUCAACAGAGUCUGCAAAGGUGCUAUCAAAAGAAUCAGCUGGCAUGGUAAAUUACAUUUAUGGAGGAGCAUGGGAUCCACAUGAUAUAAGUAUUCUUUCAAUUGCAUGCGAGUCUUCCAUCCAGUUUUGGGAUCUACGCUCAAUGAAGCAGAUAAACUCAAUAGGGCAUCCCCAAGUUCGUGAUGUAGACUACAAUCCCAAUAAGCAGCACAUAGUUGUCACAGCAGGAGAAGAUUCACAAAUUCGCAUAUGGGAUUUGAGAAUGCCUCACAUGCCUCUCAAAGAGCUUACCGGACACACUCACUGGACAUGGCGUGUCCAGUAUAAUCCUGCAUAUGAUGAGUUUAUUUUGAGUGCAGGCACAGACUCUACUGUGAACUUGUGGCAGACAUCACCAAUUCAAGGUGGAGAAUCAAGAGGAUUAAGUCCGUUAGAGUCGCCUAUGGACCCAGUGGAUCCUUUGGUCAGGUCAUACAGCGACUUUGAGGAUAGCGUCUAUGGUAUUGCUUGGAGUUCCCAAGAACCAUGGAUCUUUGCUUCCCUAUCAUACGAUGGAAGAGUGGUUGUGGAAUCUGUGCCUCAAAAUACACUGAAGGAAAUGAAAAAAGCACAGAAAAUGUAGCAUCAGCAAAUUCAGCAAAUGGCACACUACAUUUUUUUUAAGGAAUUCUGUUAAUUUCUUCCCACAUUGCAAAUAUUUUUUUAUUGAGUACUUUAGUAUUGUCAAUUUCAUGUACACACGUGUUCCAAGAAAAUAUACUACAUAGUUUUUGGAGGGGAAUCUGCCUGUUGAUAGUUUUGUCAGGCCUAUGACAGACAAGAUGACAAGCAAUUUUCCCCACUUGAGUGCUAAUCUUUUUACACCCACAGCCUAUGCUAGAGCCACAUCCUCCAAUCGUCUGAAUUUAGUGAAAAGAACUGAUGCAUGUUCUUACAACUAUACACAACUCAAAUUCUAGAAAUUCAUAUGUUUUUUUCAGUAUUUAAUUUUUAGGAUAAUAAGUAUUCAAAUUGGUUAUCCCGUAUUGCUCGUCUUCCUAACAUAAGAAACAGCAUGUUUGUAUAUUACAAAUGGAGUGUUUUGUAUACAUGGAUGAUAUAUUGCUCAUUAUCAUUUGAGUAUGGGCAGUUACUGUAAUCUUGUAUACCAUUUCAAGUGAAUUUUUAUAUAAUAUAAUAACAAGGACAUGAAAGAACCACACUUUAUGUUA